UGGCUUCACUUCUGUUGAGCAGUCCCGGCUAGAAUUUAUGCAAAGGUGCAUUAUGGUACUUCCUUACCUAAUGUGGAUGGAUUGGUUGCACGGUGGGGCUGAGGCACUUCUCACUCUAACCAACUUAUUCAUUGUCUUGGGGCUAAGACAAGCUCUUAGGAAUGCAAGUGGUCCCAUGAAAAAGAUCAUCAGAUCCUGUUUCAGCAAUCGAAGAGGAGAAGAAGUCUUCCAUCUAGAGAAUACUCUAUACUUUCUGCAGUCCAUGUCACUUCUGCUCCGCCAAGUGCACCUAUGCAUUAAGCCUUCAAUUCCAACUGAGUGCUCGAGAUAUUCAAAACGCUUAUAAGGAAUCACAAAUAUCCAACUUAGCAUUUAGUAAAUCGUAUAUAUUUCUAAGGGUACAAUCUUGAUAUGUGGUUAUUGUCUUUAGAAUCUUCAUUGUGAUAUCCUAAGAAUGACAGAAUGUCUUUGCCAGCUAUCAUGUAAAAGAUCAUGUUCAACAAGAGUGAUGUAUCCAUUGUACUUUACUGUCUCUCCAUGAUAUUUAAAUUUAUUCUCAUUUUACGAGAAUUCUAAA